AUUUUUACGGUUCGUAGUUUGUAGUCGGGGUGAACAUAACCUCAAUCAUUUUAACUUCGUCGGCUUAAAUGUCAUGCGGUUACAAGUAUAAAUAUUCAUUAGUGAACGAAAAUUGGCGCUAGAAUGACUUCAGAACUAGGCGACAACAAUUUCGCGGAUACGAUUUCCAUUCUGUUAAAUGAGGGUAACACGGUCCAGGCGUUGACACUUUUCACAGACAACAGAAACAGCGAGGAAGUUUACAACAAUUCGUGGGACUUGGUCCCGAUAGUGUCGAAGUUUUUGAGCGAGGAAAGCGAAGACAACAAUGUUGGAGUGUUCAAGUGUUGUCAGAAGAUCAUCGACAUUAUUGCAGAGCAAGCAAAGCCGGAGGAAGUUCUCCUACAAUUUAUAGAAGAACUUGAGUUGGCCAAAGACGAUACGAAGUUUCUAGCUUUACUGAAACCACUCAAGACGGUUCUGGUGCGGGUUCCGGAUAAACGAAUCACGUCAUUAGGGUGGUGUUUCAACGCCAUUAAACACUAUUUAGAGACUUUGGAGACACCAGAAGACUUGAAUUUAACUGGAGAUGAAAGAUUGUUGCUUGAUUCCAGUGAAAGCGUCCGCCGAAUAAAUACGUUGUACGAGAAUUUGGUAAUAUUUUGUGAGACUUUUGUGGCGGAAUUGGCGAGUGAUGAUAAAUGCAGCAACGUUUGUGAACGAAAACAAGUGGUCCGGAAGUUCCUGGUCGAACUACUCGGGAAACCGUUGGCUUUUCUGGAUAUGGAUGUCUUAAAAAACACUAAGCCUCAGGCGCGGAUAAUCGCUGAGGAUUUAAUUGAGAAAUUUUUUUCAUUGUCGUCUGACCCGUUUUUGUUUCUGGAAAUGCGUGACGGUGACCUUGGCAGUGAUUUAUUUAAACCAAACAAUUUAUCUUUAGGUGUUUUCUACUAUUUAAUUUUGUCUCAAGAAGUUUGUAUCAAGGAUGCGCCAAAAGUUUAUAGUUUAGUAUAUAUUUUGCACAAUUCGCUAAAUCUGGUGAAUUUUCUCCUGUCGCAAACAUCGCAAUUGGUUCUGGAAAAAUCGGUCCAUUUAGCGGCGGCUUUGCUUAAAAAUAUAAACCAACAGGAAUUGUCUUACUUGCUGUUAGACUCGGAAGUUCAUAGUAAAUUUUGCAAGACUCUCUCCAAUGUUAUUAUACACAAUGAAAGUCAAGAAAUUCGUAAAACAAGUUUAGGUGUUCUUCACAAGUAUUUGUGGUCAUUUGAACAUCAAGGUCGCUUUUUAAUCAUUAUUAAUUUGAUGCGCCACUUGACUCACAGUGGAUUAAAAGGCAACCUCAUCAUGCAGUACAAAGCAAUGCUAAGUGAAGAAAUCAAAAACGGGAAUUUGAAAAACUUGUCCAAAUACUACAAAGAACACAAACUAUUUGACCUCCUAGACGAGUUUACCCUAUUAAAAAACAGAGAAGAGACAGAUCUCGUGGACAAUUCUGACCAGAUUGUGUCAACUUUGAAUUUUCUGCGAUAUCUAGUUAUUGUUGAUAAGACGGGCGAAACCGGGAUUGAUUGUUAUUUGGAUAUUUUGGAUGAAGGGUAUUUUAAAAGUUUGAAGAUUGGGAUAACAAUGGCUAAGGAGCAUUAUCGUUUGAAAAUUAAGGAAGAGGAGGAGAGUGCUCGUUCUAACAAGGAAAAGUCUGAUUGUGAGGUUUCUGUAACCGUGUUGGGCAAGAAUUUGGCCGAAAUACCUACUGAGAAGAAAAUAGAAAUUAUGAACUUGUCGCUGACUACUUUAGACGUUGUUGAUAGUUUGUUAAGUCGUGUUAUGGAAUGUAUAAACUUGAAAAAGAACAAUGUGUACGUUUGAAAGGUUUAAUAAAGUUGGCUUAAUUAUUAA